CAAGCAAAAAAUCUUAAGUGUGUGUGCAUAUUUGGUUGUGUGUGAGAGAGUGAAGACAACUUCCUAUUUUAACCACGACCAUUUCAUGUAAGUUCCUGUAGAGUUCUUUUAGUGUCCUCUGCAAUGUCUGAUGGUGAGAAGGUGAUCUAUACCUCUCUGGAGGUGCUCAUCGCUGUGGGAUGCUGUCUGGGGAACAUGCUGGUGAUCUGGGCCGUGUGGUCGUGUCGAGCCCUGAGUCAGACCACGUUCUGCUUCAUAGUGUCGCUGGCGCUGGCUGAUUUUCUGGUGGGGAUGGUUGCUGUGCCUUUCGCAGUGAUAGUUGAUGGACGGCUGGAGACUACUUUCCACUGCUGCCUCUUCAUCAGCUGUGUGGUCAUUGUGUUGACCCAGGCCUCCGUUCACUCCUUGUUGGCCAUCGCUGUGGACCGAUACCUGCGUGUUUAUAAGCCUCUCAGGUACAAAGGAUCAGUCAAAAAGCAGCACCUGUGGGGCGCAGUCACUGUUUGUUGGCUCUCUGCUUGUUUACUAGGCUUCAUCCCCAUGUUCGGAUGGCACAACAAAGACACCACAACAAGAGAAAACACCACUAUUACAUGUAAUUUCAUCAGUGUUAUACCCAUGACGUAUAUGGUCAACUUCAACUUCUUCGCUUGCAUACUGCCACCCACCAUCAUUAUGAUGGCCCUGUACUUGUUACUCUUCAACAUGAUAUCCAAACAGCUGAGAAAGGAGGUCGGGCGCCCCGUGGAGUCCAGGUCGUAUUACCGUAAGGAACGGAGACUGGCCAAUUCUCUGGCUUUGGUGCUGGUUCUGUUUGUCAUUUGUUGGAUCCCGCUGCACAUAAUGAACACGCUUGACUAUUACGAGAUUGUCAAAGUGCCCGCUGUCGCCUUUCACAUCGGCAUCCUCCUCUCUCACGCCAACUCCGCAGUUAACCCCAUAGUGUACGCUUUUAAGGUCCCAAAGAUUAAGAAGGCAUAUAAAAGCAUCUUGAUGAAGCUGACAAGCACGGAGCAGAAGGAAGAUCCGAGCAGCCAGACUUUGGAAAAUAAUGCCAGCAGCAACUCAAACAGCAUCAUCAGGUGUACCACCAUGAAAAUAAACCCACAAGUGGUUUUAGCCACCAAUCAGAACGGUUAGCAUUAGUCUGUUCUCAUGCUCAAGAAGUAAGGAGACCAGGACUAUAAUAACACAGACAAAAGUUCAAUUAUACAAAUCGGCUGCCGCUUUUGCAUAGUUUAUGCUUGCUAUUUAAAAAUUAUUUGAAACUUUCCUAUCUGGCAGCUCCAGUAAGAUUAAGUUUAUUUAUCCUCAUGGAAAAUUGUUCUGCAAUGUAUCAUGGAAACAAUGUAUAAGCCUUAAGAACCAUGAUGCCAUGAUGACAAGGUUUAUACAUUGUUUCCAUGAUGUAUCCAGGAAGCAAUGUAUAAGCCUUAACAAUUUAAAAAAGCAAUAAAUGUCAUUUAUAUUACGCUGUACCCACAUUGGACCCGUUGCUUGGAAAAUAGAUGGAUGGAAAACUGUGUGAUGAUUCUGGCAAUGAAUUUCAGGAGGUAGAACAGGUCUAUUAAUGCAAUCAAAAUCACAGUUACACACGUCUUGUUAAAACUGUGUAAGAGAGUACACUGUACUUUAAUUCAUUUAUGAAUCAUUGGUUCUUAAGAAUGCACAGACAAUAGUGAGUGAUUCAAGCAAUGUUUUAUUUCCAAUGUGUCAACUUCUGCCAUUAUUGUCCCACUUUGUAAGAGAAAUGGUUACAAUAAAUAAUCUAUACCUGUAUCUAUUAAUAUUUUAAA